AUGGAGGGUUUCGACCCGAUAUCCAUGACCUAUAUGGCCACAAACUUCGAGACGGGAGACCACACAGCCCCUCCUCCUCCCGACAUGUAUACCAACAUGAUGAUGAUGCCCAAUGAUUUCAUGGAACAAUACUCGACAUACGACACGCAAACCGUCUACCAAGGUCGCAACAGAGACGAAUAUUACGGAUUACCGCCGCCGCAAACGACACCUUCCUUGAAACGUUUCUCGAGCACAUUUGACGAUGCCUUUUCCGAUGCCGUGGGAGCUUUUGAGACGAUUGCAGAGACUGGAACUCAAGACGCUCAGGAUGCACAAGAUGCGAAAGAGAUAGCGAUAGAGCAGGGUCACAAAUUCCUAAAGUUCACGCCGCCUGAGUACGAGUAUGCACUGCUCGAUUACAACUUUCGCCAGGUCUCAGUAAGCCUGAAUGCUGAUCUGCUUGGACUGUUCUUCACCGACAAGUCGGCUUGGGCGAAACCGAUCGACGACGCUGAGUUGAUGUGCUAUCGCCGAAACAUCUUCCAGGUCUCAGGCACUGUUCUGGUCCCACGAUCGCUGAGCAACAUCGUCACGGAGCAGACAAAACAGAUCCCCAUCAUGAGUCAAGAGCUUGUAAUAUCUGCGACUGAAUCGACUGAGGGAAGCACUACCAAGAUCAUAACCGUCCCUUGGAAGACCCCGCCUGGAAAUGGAAACCCGGCUGCUGAAGAGAGAGCCGAGAAGGAACCACCCUCAAUACCACUGGAUCCAUCCACUACCCAGGAGGGAGACUCCAACAUGGCAGCCUUUCCGUUUCAUUGGAAGCGUUUGCAGUUCCGCAGCGCCACAGCAAACAAUGGAAGAAGGAAAGAACUCCAGCAACAUUUCAUUGUCCACCUCAAGGUUGUAGCCACGCUGGCUACAGGCGGGAAGGUCACCGUCUGCCAUGCUAAGUCGAAUCCCAUCGUCGUCAGAGGCCGAAGUCCAAGGAACUUCCAAUCCAGGAAGGAUAUCUUACUUACUGGCAAUGGAACACACGCCAAAAAGGCUACCACAUCGACUGCAAGACCGCGCCCGCCAUCUCAAGCAGAUCACAGCCAUGCUCGAAAGCCUUCUCGUAACAGUAUAGCGACCCUCCCUAGAAACGAGACUCCUGCUAUGAACGACUUCGAUCCUGCCGAUUUCCAGAUGCCUGCGCUCUUCAACAAUGCAUUCCAGCAGCAGGGCGCCAUGACUGCGAUACCUCCUGCUCCACGGGCUGCUGAACCACAAGAUUACCCUGUAUCCUCUCCUGAUCUGGUACGCCAAUCAUCAAACAUGCCUGCACCGCCUCCAGUUCCUCAGAAGCUAUCCCUGACUGACGAGGAGGAGGUCAAGCAGCCGUCUAUGAGUCCUCCCAAGACUGGCAACUCAGCCAAGCGUGCAGCAAUCGGUCGUGCUGCAAGUACACCCUCUGCCUUUGCUCUGCAGGUAGGCAGUAGUCCAGAUGAGAGUGCAGACCUGCUGUAUGAGUACUUUCCUCUGAGUUUGGACGAUUGGCAACCUCCUGUCGAUGCUGUGUACCGCCCGCACGUUGUUCACCACAUCAACCCCAUGCCAGAAAACAAGGUCCGCGACCGCCUGAGCCGACUCAAGAACAAACGCUACUUUAGUGAAGACGUGGGAUGA